AUGUCAGCUGCUGUAAAGACUCUCUUCAUCUGCAUUUUAAUUCAAGGCUCUGUYUGCCAGCACUGGACAGCCUCGCUGCCUCAGACGGUUAAAGGCCUGAGUGGAUCGUGUGCGGUCAUCCCCUGCAGCUUCAGCCUGCCUCCAGAGUGGGACCAACACCUGGACGAUUCCUGCAGAGCMAUAUGGAAGCGAGGCAGCUGGAGGCAGACACAAGUGUUUGAUUCCAGCCUCACUGGRGAAAACGUGAAGCUGAACGUCAUGCAGGGAAAGCUGACCGGAGUUCUGCGUGACAAAGACUGCACCGUCGUCUUUAACGACCUUCCAUCCAACAGCUAUGAUCAGUAUUACUUCAGACUGCAGUGUGACAACCCGCUGAAAUUCAACUUUCCUACAAGUGUCCACAUCACGACUCAAGAUUCACUUCUUCAACCUACGGUAACUCCAGCCAGGCUGGAAGUAGAAGAAGGAACUCCAGUGACGCUGAACUGCUCUGCCCUUAACCCCUGUCCCAUUCUUCCUCCGGUUUUAACCUGGACUCCCAGUGUAGGCGACACGGAGGAGAGUGCAGAAGGAAAAUCUGUGAUUUCCAUCAUGAACUUUAACUCUUCCUACAUCCACAACGGACAGACGUUCUCCUGCAGCGCUCUCUACAGCCGACAAGCCGGACACAGUGACCUUGUUUACGAAAAAGGUUUAACCUUACGUGUUUUUUAUGCUCCACGUAACACAUCGGUCAGCUACCUUGAUCCAGUUUCUGAGGCCAGCUCAGUGAUUCUGACCUGCAGCACUGAUGCCAGCCCAGCUGUGGACAGYUACACCUGGUACAAAGUCAACGGAGACCAAGCAGCUGCUGUGGGAUUUAAGAAAAGACUUUCAACGACAGUCACAGAAGCUGAAAGGCAGUUUUUYUGCAAAGUCAGUAACAAAUAUGGAACCCAGAACUCCUCCAUCAUUCAGAUAGACGUUCAGUUUCCUCCAAAGGAAACUACAGUAACUGUCGACCCGACUGGUCCAAUCCUGGAGGGCAGCUCUGUUUCUCUGCUGUGURGCAGCCGUUCGAACCCACCGGUGACCAACUUCACCUGGUUCAGAGAUGAUGAAGUGGAUCAGGAGACCGGGCCCGUUCUAGUUCUUGAUGACAUAAAUCCCAGCCAUGAYGGUGGCUAUCGGUGCACGGCAACAAAUCCCCUGGGAGAAGAAAGUUCAGCGAAGCUCGAGCUGGACGUUCAGUAUCCCCCUAAGAACACACUGGUGUCCGCUGACCCUCCUGGUCCAGUUCUGGAUGGCAGCUCUGUGACUCUGAUCUGCACGACUAUCGCCAACCCAGCAGCCAUAAACUUUACCUGGUUCAGAGCGGCUGGAAGAGAAAAGGAGGUGGUUGGCUCAGAUCAAGACUUUACCUUCAAUGUGACCAAACUCUCAGAAGAUCAAUAUUACUGUGAAGCUCUGAACAUCCAUGGAGCUGAAAACUCACAAUCUGCCAAUAUUGAUGUCAUAUUUCCUCCACAGAUCCUACCCUCUUCCCGAUGCAUCAAAGUUUUAUCCUGGUUUCGAUGUUCCUGCUUCAGUCAGGGUAACCCACUUCCUUCCUUGGUUUGGGAACUGGCCGGGGAACCUGUCAAUCACUCUGCUGACAUUGCGAUCAGGGAAAUAAUUAUUAAACACAAGACCAUUAAGAGUCUCAUAACCCUGUACCGUCUGAAUGAAGACACACCCUCUCUGGUGUGCCUCAGCAGCAACUCACUGGGCUCUGAUAGUCUGGAUUAUAAUAUCUCCUCCAGUGAAACCCCACUCGGCCUCCACGCUGAGUCGCUGCUCAUCGGCUCUGCAGCUGGAGCACUGGGGAUGCUGGUGGUGUGCGUCCCACUGCUGGUUUAUGUUUGCAGGAGAAGCAAAUGCAGAUCUGCACCACACAAUAAACUGUCUGAAACCUCUGAAUGUUCAGUUCUCAAUGUGACUAACUCUCCACCCAUGGAUGUGAUUUAUGAAAACAAAGUUACUGAGAAGGAGGAGGAAGAAGGAAGAAAGGAAGAAAACCAUGUGGACUUAGUUAAACUUCAGGUCAGGUCAGAGGGUGAGCUCGUGGAAGCUGACAGCAGAGGACUGGCCUCAAAGACUGCUGAGUCCACUGAGGUUUACCUGCAUGAUGGAGGAAAUAAGGAAGCUGCAGAAGAGGAAGAGAAAAUUGAAGUCACUCGUUGAAAUGAAUGAAAAUGAUAUUCUUACACGAUGGGUCAAUAAGGAGGUGACUGAGUAACUUUAGGUGUUUUUAUGAGCAGAUUCUGGGCAUCAGAAGCUCAGCUGAGAUUUUUAAACGUUACACUUCAUUAAAUGCAGAAGUGAAGAUAACAUCUGGAUACAACACAAGAGUAAUCACAUGCUUCCAGUCAAAGUUCCUAUUUUAUGUCCAUUUUCUCUCAAAGAUGCCUGUAUUUGUAAUUAAGCCACUAUAUCAAUAACAUUGCUGUUUGUGUUUUUAAUAUCCUCUAGCUGUCUUUGGUAAUAUGGUUUUCUUACUAACUUCAUUCAUAGUGAAAAUAAAGCAAGACUCCAGUUCAGUCAGCAGUAAAAUAAUCAGUUUAUAGUAUUAGCCCAUAAGUACAC